UGCCGUGUACGUCGCUGAUUUUCUUCCGCCUGUUGCAGGAGGGCAAGAUUUCCUGGGACGCUUUCACCUUGCAGGGAGAAGCACAAGCAUAUGCGGCGCGUUUUCCUUCCUCCCCCCCUUGUCUGCAGAGAAAUGGCUGGGCUGAUCAACUUCGAGGAUGAAGAGGAGGUAAAGGAGUACUUAGACAAUCUGGGUGUGGAGUUCAGCUUCCAGUGCUACAAGGAGAAAGAUCCUGACGGUUGUCACCGUCUUGCUGAGUACCUAGAGGGAGUAAAGAAAAACAUUGAGGGAGCUGCUAAAGUACUAAAGGAGAAUUGUGAAAAAAACCUGCACAGUGAGAGCUGCUACAAACUUGGAGCUUACUGUGUUACUGGAAAAGGUGGGCUCCCUGCAGAUUUGAAAACUGUACAACUAUUUUUGAAGUCUUGUGAGAAAGGUGGGAAGAAAUCCAUAGAUGCUUGUCACAAUACUGGACUACUGGCACAUGAUGGACGGGGCAAUGAUGAGAAGCCCAACGCACUCCUAGCCAGGGAUUAUUACAGUAAAGCUUGUGAUGGCAGUUUUGCCCCCAGCUGUUUCAACCUUAGUGCAAUAUAUCUCCAAGGAGCCCCUGGGAUACCAAAGGAUAUGAACAAGGCUUUGGAAUACUCUCUGAAAGCGUGCAACUUGGGACACAUAUGGGCAUGUGCCAAUGCUAGCCGAAUGUACAAGCUGGGGGAUGGAGUUGAGAAGAAUGAUGCCAAGGCAGAAACCCUAAAGAACAGAGCAAAAGACCUGCACAAAGAACAGCAGACAGCUGCAAGAUCCUUAACAUUUGGAGAGUAAGCCCAGUCAAGUGAUUUAUAGUAUUCUCAAGAAACAUACUUUGUACAAUCGUGCACAGAUAUUGGGUGGAAUUCAGCAUUGCAGCAUUGCUGCUUGCCAGACAGAAUGAUUC